AAUGGCCCCUGGUUUUGUAAUCGAUAAUGGUAUCAUCUCUAUAUCUUCUCUUUUCUUCUUUUUCCCUGUUUCUAUAUCUCAUUCUUUUCUUCUCUAAUCCAUUCCCAGAUUCAUACUUUUGAUCUUGAUCUCUUGAUACACAGACACUUUUUUUUUGUGAGAUUUUUAUGGGGUUUGAGAUGAAACCAGAGAAAGAGGUUAUGGAAUUGAUUUCGAGUAAGAACCAAUGUAUGUCUAGUCCCAAUUCUGUUAAUAAUAAGAAGAAGAAGAAGAAUAACAACAAGAAUAAGAAGAUGAUGAUGACGUGGAGACGGAAGAAGAUUGAUUCUCCGGCGGAUGAGAUCACGGCGGUGCGGCGGUUGUUUAAUACUUGCAAGGAAGUGUUCUCUAAUGGUGGUCCUGGUGUUGUUCCUUCUGAAGAUAAAAUUCAACAGCUACGAGAGAUUCUUGACGAUAUGAAACCAGAGGAUGUCGGUUUAGCUCCGACCAUGCCGUAUUUCCGACCAAACACCGGACUCGAAACUCGGUCUUCGCCACCGAUAACGUAUCUGCAUCUACACCAAUGUGAUCAAUUCUCGAUUGGGAUUUUCUGUUUGCCGCCUUCUGGUGUUAUUCCACUUCAUAACCAUCCAGGGAUGACAGUUUUUAGUAAGCUUCUCUUUGGUACAAUGCACAUCAAGUCGUAUGAUUGGGUGGUUGAUACUCCAAUGAGAGAUCCAAAAACCUGGCUAGCGAAACUGAAGGUGGACUCAACAUUCACCGCACCGUGCAACACCUCGAUUUUGUACCCGGAAGAUGGCGGGAACAUGCAUCGGUUCACAGCUAAAACAGCAUGUGCGGUGCUAGACGUGCUUGGACCUCCUUACUGCAAUCCAGAAGGCAGACAUUGCACUUAUUUCCUAGAAUUCCCUUUUGACCAAUUUUCAUCAGAGGACGACGACAUUUUGAGAAGUGAAGAGGAGAAGGAAGGUUAUGCAUGGCUGCAAGAAAGAGAUGAUAAUCCAGAAGAUCAUACUAACGUAGUUGGAGCCUUAUACAGAGGCCCAAAGGUUGAAGAUUGAGAGCUUUUUUUUUUAUCCAUUUCGCUUUUCAGAUUUCGAAUCACUUUCUUCUUCUUUUUUUCCUUACAUUUGAAUUCUUCUUCGUACAUAAAAAAAGGAAAGGAAAACAGAAAAAGGGAAAUGUACUCUUACUGUUUUUAGUCUAAAUCUUUAGGUCUCUGUUCAAGUUUUUUCCAAUAGUAACCAAAUAAAAUAGACUAUA